UCUACCAGGUCCUCCUUGGAAACUUUAUGAGGCAGUCCUGCUCUGUCCUAUAGGGUCCCUAUGAGUAGAAAUCAAUUCGAUGGCACACAACAACAGUGCCUAAUUGGGAGCCCUGGUGGAACAGUGGUCAAGUGCAAAUAGCUGCUAAUCAAAAGAUCAGCAGUUCAAAUCCACCAGCUACUCCUUGGAAACCAUAUGGGGUAUUCGACUCUGUCCUAUGUGGUCGCUAUAAGUUAAAGGCAACGAGUUUGGUUUUUUAGUGCCUGAUUGCAACUCCACCUUUUUUUUUACCUACUCGAAUAUCCCCCCGGCCUUUUAAAACUUUGUUGUGCUUUAGAUGAAAGUUUACAGAGCAAAUUAGCUCUUAUUGGAAAAUUCAUAUACGAAUUGUUUUGUGACAUUGGUUGCAAUCCCUGCAAUGUGUCAGCACUUUUCCAUCUCCAGUUUUCGUUUCCAUUCAUGGUUUUCCUGUCCCUCCCUGGCUUCUCGUCUUUCUUUUGGGCAGGUGUUGCCCAUUUGGUCUCCUAUACUUGAUUGAUCUAAGAAGCACAUUUCUCAUGUAUGUUAUUGUUUGUUUUAUAGGCCUAUCUAAUCUUUGGCUGAUGGGUGAACUUCAGGAGUGGCUUCAGUUCUGAGUGAGCAGAGCGUCCCAGGGCCAUAGUCUCAGGAGUUCUCCAGUCUCUGACAGACCACAAUCAACAAAUGGAUGGAAAGAUGGCUUCUCUGAAGAGCCCUGUGGCCUCCAGUAAGGAACUAGAUAGGAUUCAGGAGCACCCAGACUACAGCCUGCACUGGCCGGAAGGAUUCAAGGGUGAAAAGAUAAAGAAGCGCAGCCAGGAAGGGACACUACAGAAUAAAUACAACCAGCAGUACCACAAGCUCUUUAAGGACAUCCCUUUGGAAGAGGUGGUUCUCAAAGUGUGCUCCUGUGCCCUCCAGAGGGACCUCCUUCUCCAGGGCCGACUCUACAUCUCCCCCAACUGGCUCUGCUUCCAUGCCAGCCUCUUUGGCAAAGACAUAAAGGUGGUCAUUCCUGUGGUAUCCGUGCAAACGAUCAAAAAGCACAAGAUGGCACGACUCCUUCCCAAUGGACUGGCCAUCACCACCAACACCAGCCAGAAGUAUGUGUUUGUGUCACUGCUCUCCCGGGACAGUGUAUAUGACAUGCUGAGAAGGGUCUGCACCCAUCUACAGCCUUCCAGCAAGAAGAGUCUGAGCGUGAGAGAGUUUCCAGAGGAACCUGAGUGCAAGUCUCUGGUGAGAGCUGAGGCUCGGAGCAAAGGCUGCUGGCCUGAGAUCACCUGGGGCUUGGUGGCUUCGGGGCACCCAGGCAGGGGCUCACAAUACAGAACUGGAGCAUCACGCUCGAGGGCCUGCGGCCAUGCUGUACCAGGGAGUCCCCUAGACCCACCCCACUUCUACCAUUCAGAGCUCCUAGUCCUGGGCAGAUUUGCUGCCUUUCUGAUCAGAACAGGUGUUCAGCACCAGGAACACUGCCCAGGUUGGAUCCCACACUUGUACAGACACAGGACAUCUUCUUCCCCGUGGCUGAGUCAGGAGGGCCUUCAAGAGGAUAGAGAUGUCCUUGGGGAAAAACUCCAAGGCUAUCACUGUAGAACCCAGACAGACUAACUCCAGAUUUGCAGAGGUCCCAGGGACCUCCUUUGGCAGCUGGGGCCCUAAGUAGGCAGAGCUGAGC